AAGGUUUUAGCAAGACCACAUAUAGAGUAAAAAUAGAAAAUGCUGAAAAUAAACAGGCAGCAUCUGUGGACAGAGAAACGUUUCGGUAUGAUGACUUUUCAUCAAAACUUAACCUUUAGUGUGCUGUGUACAAUGUGGUCUCCAUACCCAAAAGGAUAUGUCAUAAGAAAGCGAAGCAAAAGUGGGCCAAAAGAGGAAACAGAGGCAGCAGCAGUCGGGCUCUGACUGACACUCCCUGCAGGUGGCAGUGACGUGACCAGGGAUCAGAUGAGGGGUGUGAGAGACGACGCUCGGUUCUCAGCCAAUAGGAACUCUCACGGCCCCGACGCCUUCAGCGCGUCGCGUCAUUCCAGCCCGUCCCCCGUAGCAACCAAUCAGCGCGCGACAGAGGGGCUGGUGUCAAUGUCAAACGGUCGCAGGGGGCUCGCGGGUGGAAGCCGGGUCUUUCAUUCCGCGCGACGAGCGGUGGGGCGAAGGACGUCCGUAACGCGCAGGAAAUGCUGGAAGGUUUAUCUUCUUGUGUUCCAACAUAGCCUGAUGAAAUGUUGGUGCCUAUGCAGCUAGUGUUUUCAGCACUUAGAAAUGGAGAGGCACGCAGGGUCCAUGCCAUAGUUUGCCACCAAUGUAGCCUCCAAAGCUGCCUAUCUACUCAAGCUGGUCAACACACAACAAACAGAUCCUUGCUAAAGACUUUUCCAAGUCCCUUACUCAGCUCACGCAAGCCAGUAGUGCUAUUUGGUCAUUUCCAUUUGAGGAAUUACAGGACCACAGUUGCACAGCUUUAUAGCCUUACCCCUCCUCAGGUUAACAGCAUCUUGAAGGCAAAUGAGUACAGUUUUAAAGUACCUGAAUUUGAUGGGAAGAAUGUUAGUUCUGUUCUAGGUUUUGACACUAACCAGUUACCAUCCAAUUCUCCAGUUGAAGAUCGAAGAUGCGCAGCUACAUGUUUGCAGACUCGAGGCAUGCUAUUGGGCGUUAUUGAUGGACAUGCAGGUUGUGCCUGUGCACAGGGAGUCAGUGAACGACUUUUUUACUAUAUUGCUGUUUCUUUGUUACAUCAUGAGACCUUGUUGGAAAUAGAGAAUGCAGUGGAUAAUGGCCGAGUUGUAUUGCCACUUUUACAAUGGCACAAACAUCCCAAUGAUUACUUCAGUAAGGAAGCUUCAAAAAUGUACUUUGAUAGCCUAAGAACCUACUGGCAAGAGUUAAUUGAUCUCCACACAGAGGAGACACCUGAUACCGUGGAAGCACUGAUAAAUUCGUUCAAAAGGCUUGAUAAUGAUAUUUCAUUGGAAGCUCAAGUGCGUAGUGAUAACUCUUUUCUCAAUUAUUGGCAGUUGCAGGUGGCAUUUUCUGGUGCAACUGCUUGUGUUGCACACAUAGAUGGUGUGGACUUGUAUAUUGCAAAUACUGGUGACAGCAGAGCAGUGCUUGGUGUUCAAGAAGAGGAUGGAACCUGGUCUGCAGUCACACUGUCCAAUGACCAUAAUGCACAGAAUGAAAGUGAAAUUGAAAGAGUUAAAUCUGAACACCCAAAAUCUGAAGCAAAAACUGUUGUUAAACAGGACCGUUUACUUGGUUUGCUAAUGCCAUUUAGAGCUUUUGGAGAUGUUAAGUUCAAAUGGAGCAUUGAGCUGCAAAAGCGGGUACUUGAGUCUGGUCCAGAGCUAUUAAAUGAAAAUGAAUGUACAAAAUUUAUCCCACCCAAUUAUCACACUCCCCCAUACCUAACAGCUCAGCCUGAAGUCACUUAUCAUAAAUUAAGACCUCAGGAUAAAUUCCUUGUUUUAGCCACAGAUGGGCUAUGGGAAAUAUUACAUAGACAGGAAGUUGUAAGAAUUGUUGGGGAACAUCUAACUGGUGUCCAUCUUCAGCAACCUAUUACUGUUGGGGGUUACAAAGUGACACUUGGUCAGAUGCAUGAAUUGUUAAUGGAGAGAAGAGCUCGUAUUUCGUCUGCGUUUGAGGAUCAAAAUUCUGCAACUCAUCUUAUACGGUAUGCAGUUGGUCACAAUGAGUUUGGGGCAAUUGAUCAUAAGCGAUUAUCGAAGAUGCUGAGUCUUCCUGAAGAUCUGGCACGAAUGUACAGAGAUGAUAUAACAGUUACUGUUGUGCAGUUUAAUUCUCAUGUUAUAAAUGCACAUUACAAGCAUAAUUCAGAAAACUAAAAUUCAUGCUAGUAAGUGUUCCAUGCAAAGAUGGUUGAGGAAUUAUAGAAUGAUUGUACAAGACUUUUUAGUUUAAGCUUCAAAGCAAUUUGGUUACUAUGAUGCUGGAGGAACUCAGCAGGCCAAGCAGCAACCA